AACAAUAAUAAUAAUCAUAAUACAAGUUCAUCGAUAACAACAAAUUCAUUGUCAUAUAAUCGAACCACAUCAACAACAACAACAACAACAACAAAUGCAGCCAAUACAAGUAGUACGAAUUCGAGUACAAAAAAUUCAUCAACAAAUAAUACAAAUACAACCAAAUGGAUUGAACAAUUUUGUUCUACGGAUAAAUUUUUAUGUAAAAUUGAUACCGAUUUCAUAAUGGAUGCAUUCAAUCUAAUUGGUUUAGAGGAGAAAAUUCCACAUUAUCGUCAAGCAUUAUCAAUAAUAUUAGGUGAUUGUUCCGAUAGAUCACAAUUUGAUUCAUCCACUUCAUCGGCAGAAAAUUUUUCCAGUGAUGAUGGACGUGAAAUUGAAAUUUUAUCUUCAGCUGAAAAUCUUUAUGGUCUAAUACAUGCACGUUAUAUAUUGACCGAUUCUGGUUUGAAAAAAAUGUUGGAAAAAUAUAAAAAACGUCGUUUUGGUCUUUGUAAUCGUUAUUAUUGUGAUCGUGCUGCAAUGUUACCAAUUGGCCUUAGUGAUGAACCAAAUAUCUAUUCGGUUCGUUUAUAUUGUCCACGUUGUAUGGAUUUAUAUGCACCACAUUUUAGUUCAAAAUCUGUUCUUUCUGAUGGUGCAUGGUUCGGUACAUCAUUUCCACAUAUGUUUUUUAUGGUUUAUCCAGAAUAUCGGCCAUUACCACCAUCACAACAAUUUACAGCAACAUUAUAUGGUUUUAAAAUUCAUAAUGAAGCAUAUGAAUAUCAACGGCAACAAUUUGAAGCAGCUGAACGUGCAAGAAAACCGGUGUUUAUUAAAACAACAACAACAAACAACUACAAAUCAACAAACAAUAUCAACAUCGUCAUCAACAGCAACAACAACAACAACAAAUGCAGCAGCUACAUCAUCAUCAAACGCAAUUAAAAUGAAUGGCGAUAUUGGUGAUAGUAGAAAAUCUACAUUACAUUAAAUUAAUAAUUUUUUACAAAGAUGCAAAAAUAUUUAUUAUUUAUUCAUAUCUUAUUCCUGUUCAUACAAAGCCAUCAUCCUAUCCUUCUCUUAUACAAACAUAAAAUGAAAAUUGAAAAAAAUAUAAAAUUUUUGUAUACAAACAUAAAAUGAUAAUAAU